UCAAGUGUCACAAGAGAUUAAACAUAUCUUCAUCAAUCUUGUUUAUAUUUUCUUUGUAUUUCAACUCCAUCUUGUUGAGAUGGUAGAUGCCAUAACAGGUUUUGUGGUGGGAAAGAUGGGUAACUAUCUAAUCGAAGAAGCGUCCAUUUUGAUGGGAAUCAAAGACGAACUAGAAGAGCUGAAGGCGGAGUUGACCUGCAUCCGAGGCUAUCUAAAAGAUGUUGAAGCUCGAGAAAGAGAAGAUGAAGUUUCAAAAGAAUGGACAAAACUGGUUUUAGACAUAGCUUAUGAUGUCGAAGAUGUUCUGGACAGCUAUAACCUGAAAGUAGAACUAAGAUCACAAAGGCAAGGCUUGAUAAGAUUGACCAACAAAAUAGGAGAGAAGAUUGAUGCGUACAAUAUAGUUAGUGAUAUCAAAACCCUGAAGAGAAGAGUCUUGGAUGUUACUCGCAAGAGGGAGACUUGUGGGAUAGGCAACUUCAAUGAGUCUCGAACAGGAGAAGGUACUUCAACUUUUCUCACCAUGAGGCAGCUUCGACGUGCUCGAUCCGUUGAUCAGGAAGCGCUUGUCGUUGGUUUGGAAGAUGAUUUUAAGUUUCUCUUGGCAAAGCUUCUUGAAGAUAAUGGGGAUCAGAAUAGAUAUAUGAUCUCCAUAUUUGGCAUGGGAGGUCUUGGAAAGACUGCUCUAGCCAGAAAGCUUUACAACGCUGACAAUGUGAAGACAAGUUUUGCUUACCGCGCGUGGACCUCUGUUUCCCAAGUAUAUAAGACUAGAGAGAUGCUUCUGAGAAUCAUAAGAUCUUUAGGAGUGGCUUCUGGUGAAGAGAUGGAAAAGAUCAAGAUUGUUGCGGGGGAGGAGUUAGAAGUUUACCUUCACGGUCUUUUACAAGGGAAAAGAUAUCUGGUGGUAGUAGAUGAUAUUUGGGAGAGAGAAGCGUGGGAGAGCUUGAAGAGAGCGCUACCUAGCAACCAUAAAGGAAAUAGAGUUAUCAUUAGUAUUACCACGCGUAUCAAAGCUGUUGCUGAAGGCGUGGACCAGAGAGUCUAUGCCCAUGAGCUAAGAUUCUUGACAUUUAAUGAAAGCUGGGAAUUGUUUGAGCAGAAAGCAUUCAGGAAUAUGCAACGGGUCGAUGAAGAUCUUCAGAAAGUCGGAAAACAAAUGAUUAAGAAAUGCCACGGAUUACCACUUGCUAUAGUUGUUCUUGCUGGCCUUAUGUCUAGGAAGAGGCCAAACGAGUGGAAUGAUGUGUGUGCUAGUUUCUGGAGACGCCUAAAGGAUGACUCCAUCCGCGUCUCUACUGUGUUUGACCUAAGUUUCAAGGAGCUGCGACACGAGUUGAAACUCUGCUUUCUUUACCUUAGCGUCUUCCCAGAGGACUAUGAGAUCGAUGUAGAGAAGUUGAUACACUUACUUGUACCAGAAGGGUUUGUACAAGAGGAUGGAGAGAUGAUGAUGGAAGAUGUGGCUCGGUAUUAUAUCGAAGAGCUGAUAGACAGAAGCCUAGUGGAGGCAGUAAGAACAGAAAGAGGAAAAGUGAAGUCUUGUAGAAUCCAUGAUCUUCUGAGAGACGUGGCUAUCAAGAAAGCCAAUGAGGUCAACUUUGUACAUAUUUAUAACGACCAACUGUCGUCUACUACUUGUAGAAGGGAAGUCGUUCACCAUCAUAUGGACCCUUACUCGUGCGACAGACGUGUGAACAAAAGGAUGCGAUCCUUCUUGUUCUUCGGAGAAAGAAACAGAACACUAUGGGGUUCUGUCAAACCCAUUACCUUGAAACUAGAGCUGCUUCGAGUGCUUCAUCUCGAAGGGCUUCAUUUACCAGAUGUUAUCGGAGAGUUAAUCCACUUGAGAUACCUUGGGAUCGCAGAUACUUUUAUCAGUAAUUUACCAGUAUUUUAUCUCCAACUUGCGGUUUCUACAAACUCUCGACGCAUCGGGAAAUGACUCCUUCAGGAAAGUCACUGAUCUCCGUAGGCUCACAUCACUGAGGCAUCUCAUGGGAAGAUUCGUUGGAGAUUUGCUAAUUGGCGAUGCAGUUAACCUUCAUACAUUGAGGUCUAUCUCUUCCUACAGCUGGAUCAUAACUGAAACAAGAGUUGCUCACAAAUCUUCGGGAGUUGGAGAUC